ACAAAAUCUAUCAUUAUAAUUUAUUGACAUAAAAAUGAAUAAAACAAUUUAUUAAUUAAUUGCAACAGAACAGUACACACUUAGGUACGACGUGCGUGUGUAUAUAUAACACAUUUGUAACCCUCUGAGGAGGAAGUAAGAAGAGAGAGCAAAAAUGGACUGCAUAAAACACAAGCACCAAGGUCACAGAGGAGUAUGCGCAUCUUGCUUAAGAGAAAGACUCUACUUACUACCCGACACGACGUCGUACUACACCAUAAACCUAUCUAGUAACUCCUCCACCACCACCGUUUCGUCUCCUCCGGUUAAGGAAUACCACCGACGGUCCGGUUCGAUGACGAUGUCGUUCGCUGUGAGGGAAGCGUUUAGUGGUAAGCUGAUGGAGGCUUUGGGUGGAGGGCUGAAGAAAAGCAGAUCCAUGGCUCAUGUUCCCAAAGGUUCUUUUAUCGUUAGUGAUUCGGUGAAGAAGAGGACGACGACGACGGAGAAGUUGAAAUCCACGAAGGCUAAGGUGAGUGGCUUUUGGAGGAAGCUGUUUCAUCUGAAAGGGAGAGGCGGUGGCGCCGACGUCGGAGGGUUGGUUGCUUCACGGCAAAGAGUGUAGGAGAUGCUAUUUUUUUUUUCUCUUUCUUGUUAUGUGUACAUAUUAACAGAAAAAGUCAAAUGGAGUAGAAAUUAUACUCUAUUUUUUCCUACUUAUACAACAAUCAUGUCAUUUUGACACUUUUUUUUUGUAACACUUUUGACACUUCUUUUUAUUAUAUAAAAGGUGUCAUUUUAAAA